GCCUUGUCGUCUCUCUCGCACCGGCAUUUGAUUUCGCCGCCCACCGAUUCCGGUUUCUUUUUUCUUCCAAGUGGCGAGCGCGAGAAGAGAGAGAGAGAGGUGGUUGGACUCCUCUCCGGAGAGGAGUGAGGAGGUGGAAUGGGGGGAGGAGUGGAGGAGAUGAAGGUGGUGGAUGUGUAUGACGGAGAUGAGGAGGCAGCGGCGGCGGCGGAGGGGUCGAACAGGGAGACGCGGAUGCUGCCGAGGAUGCCCGUGCGGGUGCUGCUCGCCGAGGGCGACGACUCCACGCGCCACGUCAUCUCCGCGCUGCUCCGCAAGUGCGGCUACCGAGUUGCUGCAGCCUCUGACGGUGUGAAGGCAUGGGACAUCCUAAAGGAAAAAUCUUUCAACAUAGACCUCGUCUUAACUGAAGUUGAACUUCCUCUGAUGUCUGGGUUCCUCCUGCUCUCCACGAUCAUGGAACAUGAUGCGUCCAAGAACAUCCCUGUUAUAAUGAUGUCUUCACAUGAUUCAGUAAGCAUGGUUUUCAAAUGCAUGUUAAAGGGUGCAGCAGAUUUCCUUGUUAAGCCGAUAAGAAAGAAUGAGUUAAGGAACUUGUGGCAGCAUGUUUGGAGAAAACAAUUGGCAAACGGUGGGCCUGAUGUGCAGCAUAUACAACAAGAAGAGAAUCUUACAGAAAGAAUCGAGCAGAAGACCGCCGAGACAAAAGCUGAUCACUUGAUUGAAACCACAGCCCGCAAAAAUAGGGAAUGCAGUGAACAAGAAAGUGAUGCGCAAAGUUCGUGUACAAGGUCAGAGCUGGAGGCUGAGAGUAAGCACACUAACAACUUUUUGGAGUAUAAUCAGCCAACAGAAAGGCAUCUCUCUACACCUAAUCAUAAGAGCGCUGAGCAAAAUGGACAGACCAAAAUUCAAACAUCUAGAGAUAGUAACUUGAUUCCAACAAGAGAAGAUGAUUUAUCACCAACAAAAAGGACACGUUUGAAUGAUAAUAAUUCUGAGAAAGCUUCCAAAGAUAUUGAGCUAGUCCAUAUUAUUGACAACCAGCAGAAGCAUCACACGCAGAGCGAGGUGGAUCUUAUGAGAACAAUAUCUCAGGGAAAUGACGAGAGUUGUGCCAUCCCAGCACACCAGUUGGAACUAUCGCUGAGAAGAUUUGACUACAAUAAAUUAGAGAACCAGGAGAAAAAUGAUAGAAGAACACUGAACCAUUCAACUUCAUCCGCGUUUUCCUUGUACAACUGCAGGACUACGUCCACUUUAGGAAAUGCUGGUUAUGGUCAGAUAUGCGGUACCUCAGAAACACAAACCCAUCUGGAAAACAAAAAUGGAGAUUUGGCAGCUCCCUCUCAAGAAAAGACAGAAACAAAUUGCCCUCCUAUUAGAGUUGUACCAUUCCCUGUUCCUGUUGGAGGUAUCACAUUCGAUGGGCAGCCAUUCUGGAAUGGCACACAGGUGGCAUCCCUAUACUACCCACAGGCAGCCCCUCCCAUUUUGAAUAGAAAGACAUCCAUGUGGCAAGAAUCGACCCCACAAGCAACUUCAUUGCAGCAGAGGUCACAACCGAAUGAUCCAAAUGAAAUGGGCCCUAAGCAAGUCGAAAAUGCAGAGGAACAAUCUGUCAUUAGUCCUCCUAAUGCCAAUGACAAGUAUCUGCGUAUUGAAAUUCCUAAAGAUGAGCCACAGCAUGUUUCCCCUAUGACUGGUGAAAGCGGAAGUAGUACUGUGCUUGACAGCGCCAGAAAUACUCUCAGCGGCAGUGGCUGUGACAGCACUUCCAACCGGAUCACUGCCCCUACUGAAUCAUCCAACACAUUUAAUGGUGUUCCUGAAAACCCAAGCACCGAAGGCUCUCGUCACCUGAGCCAGCGCGAGGCUGCAUUGAACAAGUUCCGGCUAAAGAGGAAGGAUAGGUGCUUUGAGAAGAAGGUUCGGUACCAAAGCAGGAAAUUACUCGCAGAGCAGCGUCCACGAGUUAAGGGCCAGUUUGUUCGUCAAGAUCAUAGCAUUCAAGGAAGUUAGGGGUGCCUACUACAAGUGACUAUUGGGUUCCGGCUAUCCUGAUCGUCAGUGUCAAAGAUUUUGUUGAAGAGUUGAAAGCUAUGAUCUUGACGGGCAGUACUGUAUAUUUGCUAAAGCUUGUGCAAUAUAUGUUUGUAUAGGCUAACUUUGUUCUUUUCCUAGGUUAGGCACUGGACCUCGUACGUUUUAGGGCUUGUUAGUAGACAUUAGAAUACGUGGCUUACUUUGUUUCAGGUCAAGAUGAGAUAUGAGUCUCCCGUGGCACGUGCGUGCUUAAGCUUUGUAACUAGCCAACUCGUUUGAUGUUUUGGAUAUCCAGAGACAUGCUCCUUUCUGUGCA